ACAUGAAAUUUAAAUCAUUGUUUUCAUACCGAUUCCAUUGUGAACACCAGUGGCACUAGAAUAGUUGUAACGGAAUUUAUUUAAUAGUAAUUUGCUUAGAGGAAGAAACACAACGAUGGCUUUCCGCUUCACAUCCUUUUUGGCCGUUGGCUGUUUGCUUUUGGCCGCUACCACACCCCUCAAUGCUGCCGCCAUUGAUAAUGCUGUGGCUGAGCCACGCAUUCACAGCUCCGAAGAGUUGAUCUCGUCCAUUGUGGAUAACUGCUUCCAUGCCAAUGGCAUGCAUUGUUUGAAAGAGAAGGUGUUGACCUAUUUGGAUACCGUUGUCGGUGUUGAGGAGGAUGUAAGCGGUCGCGCCCUCAAUGAUGAUGUUAUCGAAAAAGUUAUCACCGAUCGUGUUGCCCGCAUCUUGAACACCAAUGAAAUCCGUGUACAAUUGCCCGAAACUGUAUUUGCCAAUUCCGUUCUGUCCUACCGUGCUGACCGUGGUUUCGAUUUGGAAGUUCCCCAAAAUGAAGCCCGUGGUGACAAGAAGAAGGAUAAAGCUUUCUUGCCCUUGUUGUUGUUGAUGAAGUUGAAAUUGAAGGUUGUCAUGCCCAUCUUGAUGUCAUUGAUUGGACUUAAAGCUUUCAAGGCUUUGAUUUUGUCUAAAAUCGCCAUCAAAUUGGUCUUGGGUUUCAUCAUCUAUAACAUUAUCCAGAAAUUGGGUGGCAUGAAAAUGACCAUGUCUCCCAUGAUGCCCCCACCAAUGCCAGCUGCCGAAUAUGGUGUACCCACCACCACUGCCUCCUCUUAUGAUCCCAGCAGUUGGGAACCCUCCAACGGUGGUCCCUAUGCCCGCUCUGAUGCCCAAUACAUGGCCUACAGCAGCUAUCAUCCCAGCAGCAGCAGCUCCAGCACCGGCUCUAGCUCCUCCUCAUCAUCCAGCAGCAGCUACAGCAGCUCUUCUUAAAUCAUUGCCAACACAAAAAGGCAAUUGGGAGAGAACGAAAGAGUUUUCACUUCUUUCCAACUCUCUCCUUCAAGAGAUAAGAGAAGACACAGUCUUCCUGAGAAGCACCCCUUCCAAACAAAACCUCAUUUUCCCAUUUAAGACAAAACUGGACAAAUCAUAGGUAAUACGCGCUCAAACCCCGGAUUUUGGUACCUACUCGAGAUAAACCCAAAAAAUCGCUACAUUUUUUGUGGUUACUGUAAAUUAAUUUAUUUAUCCUCAUCUCUGCAAUCUCUUCUAAGAGAGACCGCCAUCAAGUCAUCAGCAUCCCAAGAAACUUUUCUAGUCUUCACAGUUAUUUAAUGCAACUAUUGCUCUAUUCUACUGUUCUUUCUCUUUGCUUUUCUUCCUACUCUUUCCUUACUUCUUUUCUCAUGACAUUCUAAGAAUGUACCUUUUCUUCUUUUCUAUUCGAUAUCUUCAUUACCUACAUCCAAACAAAACGACCAAAUAACAUAAAACAAAGUUUAAGUUAAUAUUUAUUUAAAUUAUUUAAAAAAUGCAAUUUAAAAAAAUAAAACAAAAAAAUUAUA